AUGCGGCGACUGUCGGGGUGGCGCGGUGCGCUGCGGCCCGCGCCUCCCUUUGCGGCCGCGUUUUGCAUCGCUGUCGUGGAUGCCGCCACAGCGACGAUGGGGAUGUCGCGCGCGGUGUCGACGGCGCCGCCGAUUUCUUUGCUCUCGUGGUCCGUCGACGGUGCUGGGCACAUGCACCGCCGCUGCCGCCGCCGCCUCUCCAUGCAGGAGCGCAUUCCACUGAUCUGCGCCACAAUCAAGGAGGCCGCCCCGGACAUCGUCGCGCUGCAGGACUCUCUACCGGAGGUGGCGGAGGCGCUCUGCGGUCGCUCGGCACCCAACAAAAUUAGCGAGCCGCAUGGCGAGAACCUGCGACCCGGGCCCGCCACAGCUGCCGCCGGCGACAACCCUCAGUACGAGCAGGUUGGGGCGGUGCGCAACGGCCGCUGUGGGUAUUUGCAGCUGUUCAGGCGCCGUGACUCGCUUUGGGGCGGCCGUCUGCUUCCCGCGUGCCCCUCGCUCACCGCCGAGUUCAUCUCCACCGCUCAGUCUGGCCAUGACGCAAGCAACAGCAGCAGCAGCAAGGCGGCGGCUGCUGGCGGGGCUGGUGGCGGGCUUCGCUUUGUCCUGACAAACGUGGAUCUCUCCUACCGCGGCAAGAGCCUGGCGGUGGGGGGGAAGCCGCUUGCGUCGCCCGACGUGAGUGCGAACGGCAGCCCCUUUACGCUGCGGGCGGCGCCCGGGACUGCGGCGCGGCAGCGGGUGAAGGGGCAGUUGGACCCGCACCGCGAGGUGGCGCUGACGUUCCUCUCGCAGGUGGCCCGCCCCGACGUGCUGCUGGGGAACGUUUUCAUGGGGCGGGAGGAGGCGGUGCCGGGGUACGACGACGCCUGGGUGCUCGCGGGAGCCCCGGCGGAGCACGAGCGCACGACAAACACGUUUUUCCGCCACAAACACGACGCCGAGACGAACUUUUUCUACUUCGUGCCGCCGGAGCCGCACGGGACGCGGGCGGGGGACGCGUCGGAGACGUUUCCAGCCGCGGAUGCACCUGUGGGGACGCCGAUCCCGCUGAACGCCCGCCCCCGCUGCGUCGACGCCGCGGGGUCACACGCCGCGGAGAAUGCGGCGGUGCGCCACGCGGAGGUUCCACAGCUUGCUGGAAGAUUCCAGCGGUGCUUCUUCCGCCGCCUUUCCUCGCAGCAUCACAGGCGGCAGCUGCCACUGUUUCGCCGCUACGAGCGGCGGCAGUUGGUGGUGCUGAAGCCCUUCACAGAUGUCGCCCUGACGGCUGGGGAGGCGGCGGCGGCGGAGGCGCAGGUCAAGGGCGGCGAGAAGCUGCAGCCGCGAUGCUCCGCCGCAGACGGCUAUCCCAUUUUGGUGCUCUUGUCUUGA